CACCGCAGCCGGGAAGACGGUACGAUAUGGCGCAACAACAGGACAGAGCCAUCGAAAAGAUACGGGCAUACUCCAAGGAUGCACAUGAGCUGCGUGAUGAUCCGAUGGAGCUUGACGCGUCUAACACCGAGACGCGGUUGGCCCAAACUGUGAGAGAAUUGCAGGCACGCGUCAAGGAACAACAAGCUGUAUUGGAGACGUUGCAAGCACAGUCAAAUGUCGACAUUGAGUCUGCAGCCUACGCCUCUGCAGAUCCACGCCAAAAGCUGCGACAGCUACUUGCUGUCAAAGACGCGUACAAGCGCCUUACACCCAUUGCACCAUUCCUCCCAGAGGAGGGCUCUGUACUUCCAGCGCUUUUGGCAGCGCGUACCCUUAACCAAAAUGUUCAAGGCACCAAGGUGGCGAUCUCCAGCACGCAAAGCAAGAUUGCUAACACAGACGCAAUAUUACGCCGCGAGGAAGCGAACCUAAACGAUGCGAACCUUCUUACGCAAGCCAUGGAGAACCGGAUCGAAAGACUGCGUGUACAGCAGGAAGAUCGCUCACAGAAGACUCCGGCGCAGCUUGCUCGCGAGUUGAUCACAGCCAAGCGUGCACAGAAGGACGGCUACGAUGCAGCAACACAAGCACUUGGAGAAGCCAUGAACGACUUCAUCAACGAUUAUCUGGCAGCAAUGAUUGCAGCCGAAGAGCUAGGAGGUCCAGUCGUCGGUGAAAUGUUGAAUGUGGAAGACGACACCCUUGCAGCGGGCUUCACCAAGCAAGGAAGAGCCAAAUCAACUAAGAAGACUGUAUCAGACAAAACACGCCAACGUAGGAUCGAUCAGAUUUGGGGAAACAAGGCUCCCAUCGAAGAAGAUGAGGAGCCGCCUACAGAAGCCGAGGCAGCCGAUGCGGAAAUGCGGCAAUUGAUUGAAAAUUUGUUUGCAACUUUGAUCGGCCCUGGAGGAGGGAAGGCGUACUACCAGCUCGACCGGGACUCGGCAGCGACACGAUUCUUGGUCAGAGCGAAGAUAGCACAGUUUCACCCCAAGGAUGCGAAAAAGCUGCGACUGAUCGACUUUGGGAGGGAGCUGGACGACUAAGGUCCAGUCCACCACGCAAGUACAGAAACAACGAUUAUUGCAACGACACCAGAAAAGUUGAUCUCUACCGUCUUCCGCGAAUUGGAUCGAGGACUUCAUUUGAGAUAGUCGAGUGGGCUGCACAUUGCCAGUGAAGUUUCGUCUUGAAGUAGCGCUUUUGCUAUGUUGUUGGCCGUCAAGCUGCCAUGCAUGCCCACACAGUGAAUGCGGCGAUCAGCUGGACCUAGAGAUAUCACAUCAGAUCACGACAAGAUAUGCCUCGGUCAUCAGUAGUGUCAGGGUCUCGAGACCAAACGAAG